AUGUCAAAAGGAUUGUUUUUAAAAAUUGUGAGCGAUGUGGAGACUAAUAACUCAUGGUUUGAAGAGGGCUUAGAUGGGAGAAUGAAGAAGAGCUUUACACGGUUGCAAAAAGUAACAUCGGCUAUUAGACAACUUGCAACCGGUAACACUCCAAACGAGAACGAAGAGUAUUUACAUAUGGCCGAAAGGACUUCACGUGAGUUUCUAGAGUAUUUCUGCGAAACGGUAUGUUCAAUUUACACUCCCGAGUUCUUACGUAGGCCAACAAUCCACGACAUGGCGCUUUUGUACCAAGCUCACGAGGAUAAACAUCACCUUCCUUGUAUGGUGGGUAGCGUUGAUUGCACCCAUUUCGUAUGGAGAAUGUGUCCCACAGAGUUUCGCGGCCAAUAUAUGAGAGGAGAUCACCGUUAUCCUACGGUUAUGCUCGAAGCGGUGGCCUCUCAAGAUUUAUGGGUUUGGCAUGCUUCUUGCGGUCCACCAGGUGCACAAAACGACAUCAAUGUGCUUCAACAAUCUCCAUUGUUUGAUACUGAACAAAAUGGAACGGCCCCGAAAUGUCCAUUUUAUGUUAACAACCACUUAUACAAACGUGGUUACUAUCUCGUGGAUGGAAUCUACCCUAAAUGGUCCGUGUUUGUCAAAUCAUUUCCAUAUCCUCACCUACUAGACGAAAAGAAGUUCAAGAAGCAACAUGAAUCGGCAAGAAAAGACAUAGAACGGGCUUUUGGUAUUUUUAAGUCAAAAUGGGGUAUAAUGAAUCGGCCAAUGCGUGCUAGGAGUGUGAAAAAAAUCCGGUACGUGGUGUAUACGUGUAUUAUUUUACAUAACAUGACUUUAAAAGACGAUGGAAACGCGAUAGCACAGGUACACAUUCGGGAUCCUCCAGUCGAGCCAGCCCUUGAUGACAAUGUGUUAGACGAGCUUAUGGAUGAAGAUACGCAUUGUAUACUAAAGUAUGAUCUCGUUGAGCAUCUCGGAAGAAUGGAUUUACCCCACCUAUUGGUGGACUCUGACGACGAAGAUUAG